AUAAAGAUGAUUUUAAUUAAAUCACACAAAUCCCUUUGUACUGCAACCAAACCCUACACAGGCUGACUCUGAGCCACUCUGGCACACUUAGAGUUAACCAGGUUACCGGGGUUCCUAGUUAACUUCUUUCACCAGGAAUGCAAUUCAUGUUUACCUAUAUAAGGAAACCUGUUAGGCUGACCUGAGUUUGGAGGAUUUUUGCGCUGACUGAAAGGCAUGUAAGCACACACCCUGGGGGGGGGGAGCGACUCUCAGCUGGACAGAGCAGGCUUCCCGAGCGCCCCAGCCAUUCAGCUGAUGGGAGGCAAAGUGUAGAGCCAGCACUUGCCCGAGCAGAGCAGCCGCUUGGAGGACCUGAAGGCUUGCCUCUUCCAGAUUACAGCUGAGCAACGAAAACUCCGUCGUGGGGAAAAAUGGGGAAGCUGAUAGCUGAUCAGCUUUCUUGGAUUUUGCUGAUGACACCGGAGAGCUUCGCCUGAAGAUGGAAACACUGGAGUCGGAGCUGACCUGCCCUAUUUGUCUGGAGCUCUUUGAGGACCCUCUCCUGCUGCCCUGCGCACACAGCCUCUGCUUCAACUGUGCCCAUCGCAUCCUGGUGUCACACUGUGCCACCAACGAACCUGUGGAGUCCAUCAGCGCCUUCCAGUGCCCCACGUGCCGGCAUGUCAUCACGCUCAGCCAGCGAGGUCUAGACGGGCUCAAGCGCAACGUCACCCUGCAGAAUAUUAUCGACAGGUUUCAGAAAGCAUCCGUCAGCGGGCCCAACUCCCCCAGUGAGACCCGCCGGGAGCGGGCCUUUGACGCCAGCACCAUGUCCUCUGCCGAGAAGGUCCUGUGCCAGUUCUGUGACCAGGAUCCUGCCCAGGACGCUGUGAAGACCUGUGUCACUUGCGAAGUAUCCUACUGUGACGAGUGCCUGAAAGCCACUCACCCGAACAAGAAACCUUUUACAGGCCAUCGUCUGAUUGAGCCAAUCCCGGACUCACACAUCCGGGGGCUGAUGUGCCUGGAGCACGAGGAUGAGAAGGUGAAUAUGUACUGCGUGACGGAUGACCAGUUAAUCUGUGCCUUGUGUAAACUGGUUGGGCGGCACCGGGAUCAUCAGGUGGCAGCUUUGAGUGAGCGCUAUGACAAAUUGAAGCAAAAUUUAGAGAGUAACCUCACCAACCUUAUUAAGAGGAACACGGAACUGGAGACCCUUUUGGCUAAGCUCAUCCAAACCUGUCAACAUGUCGAAGUGAAUGCAUCACGUCAAGAAGCCAAAUUGACGGAGGAGUGUGAUCUUCUGAUUGAGAUCAUUCAGCAAAGACGACAAAUAAUUGGAACAAAGAUAAAAGAAGGGAAGGUGAUGAGGCUUCGCAAACUUGCUCAGCAGAUUGCAAACUGCAAGCAAUGCAUUGAGCGGUCGGCAUCCCUCAUUUCACAAGCCGAACACUCCCUCAAGGAGAAUGACCAUGCUCGCUUCCUACAGACAGCAAAGAACAUCACUGAGAGAGUCUCCAUGGCAACUGCGUCCUCUCAGGUCUUAAUUCCUGAAAUCAACCUCAAUGACACAUUUGACACCUUUGCCUUAGAUUUUUCCCGAGAGAAGAAACUACUAGAAUGUCUGGAUUAUCUUACAGCUCCCAAUCCUCCCACAAUAAGAGAAGAGCUCUGCACAGCUUCAUAUGACACCAUCACCGUUCACUGGACUUCGGAUGAUGAAUUCAGUGUGGUCUCCUACGAGCUCCAGUACACCAUAUUCACUGGACAAGCCAACGUCGUUAGUCUGUGUAACUCCGCUGACAGUUGGAUGAUCGUACCCAAUAUUAAACAGAACCACUACACAGUCCAUGGUCUGCAGAGUGGCACCAAGUACAUCUUCAUGGUCAAGGCCAUCAACCAGGCAGGUAACCGCAGCAGCGAGCCUGGGAAGUUGAAGACGAACAGCCAACCAUUUAAACUGGAUCCCAAAUCUGCUCAUCGAAAACUGAAGGUGUCCCAUGAUAAUUUGACAGUAGAACGUGAUGAGUCAUCAUCCAAAAAGAGCCAUACACCUGAACGCUUCACUAGCCAAGGCAGCUAUGGAGUGGCUGGAAAUGUGUUCAUCGACAGUGGCCGACAUUACUGGGAAGUGGUCAUAAGUGGAAGCACAUGGUAUGCCAUUGGCCUUGCCUAUAAAUCGGCCCCAAAGCACGAAUGGAUUGGGAAGAACUCUGCCUCCUGGGCCCUCUGCCGCUGCAACAAUAACUGGGUGGUGAGACACAACAGCAAGGAAAUCCCCAUCGAGCCCGCCCCACAUCUCCGGCGUGUUGGCAUUCUGCUGGACUACGAUAAUGGCUCCAUUGCCUUCUAUGAUGCUUUGAACUCCAUCCACCUCUACACCUUUGAUGUAGCAUUUGCGCAGCCUGUGUGCCCCACCUUCACCGUGUGGAACAAGUGUUUGACGAUUAUAACUGGCCUUCCUAUCCCAGACCACUUGGACUGCACAGAGCAGCUGCCCUGAGCAUCUGGCCGCCAGAACUGCUUUCUGAGGAACAGCAAAGUUUGAGGCCGCUAUUUAGGCAAUGAAGAAAUACAGGCUUCAAGAGUGUGAUUAAAUCUCCUCAGAAAGUGUACAGAAAUCAGAUAAAACAGGGCUCAAAAUAGAUUUCUUUUACUGUUUUAUACUAAGGGCAGGCUUUAAUAAUUUCUUUAAUUUUUUUUAUAUUUAGAGGAAAAUCUAUAGAUUAUUUAUAAAAAGAAUCGUAAUCGAUCACAACUGUUAGGAAUUGGUUUUGCACAUUAAGCAGCUCUUACAAGUUUUGCUUCAUCACAGUCUAUGGGGCUGCAAAAACAACAACACACAAACACCUUUUGUUGAUUUGUAUGUUUAAUCACCUCCUCACAUAGUACAUACUGAGCCCAUUUUAGGUCCUAUCACUCUGACAGUGCAUAACAGAAUAUGCAGCUGUUUAAAGAUAAAAAUAAUUUUGAACUUAGUAAGGAAAUAAACAGAAUUUCUUGCUCUGGUUUACCUCAAAAUGUUUUAACUAUAAUGUUAAAAAAACAUGUACUGGAUCAACUAGAAUGGAGAGCAAGUGAGAGAGGAUGGAAGUUGCUGACUAUGGAUCUUUACCUUCUGGUAGCUGAUAGGAUAAUGUUGGAAAGAAAGGUUCUGGGACCUUUGCCCAUGUUUCCCCACUUCUUGCAGGGCUAAAAACUCUGGGCUAACAUUAUGAAUUAGAUCACAAUUAAAAAUAGUCACUUUGAAUCCUACAGAUUAAUUAAACUUCAGGCUGAUUUGUGUUUUAUCAGAAGUAGGAUUUUGCUUCAUGGCAUAAGACUACUUCAUUCUUCCUCCUAAUAGUUUUCUUAGAGUGAUGAACUUUUUUCACUACAUUUAAUAGUUGACCUAUUCCCCCCUCCCCAUGUCAAGUUUUCUUUUAUCUCUGGGGCUAAGGAAAUAAACAUGUACUGUGAUAAAAGACACACCACUUCGGGUUGAUUUUGCUCUCUGAGACAUCAGCACAUGGCCCCAAUCAGCACUACCACAUUUAAAUAUAAAUCACCGAAAAUCACUUAAUAUUUAUGAGUUAGCAAUGACAAGGGACAUUGCAUCAAGUACUGCUCACUAGUAUACAUGCCUGGAAAAUCAUUAUGAUAAGUUAUGAUAAACAUGUGUUUAUUAAACAUACCUGGAAAAUCGUAGAAGUCCCUCUAUAGUAUAGUUGACCAUAGACUUGUAAUACGAAAAAAAUUCAAACUCACUAUUUUCACACAGGAACCUGCUAAUAGAACUUGCUAAUCAAAGAAAUGUCAGAUGAAAUUCUUUACAUGCUGAUUCAUCAAAUUGUAAUGGUCCCUAAACUAAGACUUUUUCCAGUGGUCCUUGGACUGGGACUUAGGCAUUGGUUCUGUCUUGACCACGUGUGUGACUUCUAUAAAUGAUUUCAAUUGCUAAAGUAUUUAUCUGGGCUACUCAGGCAGGCAUUGACUAAACAGUUGGUUAGAUAUAGACCUGUUUUUCAUAAUUUUUAAGCCAGAUCAAUCAGUUCUUUCCCUGAAAUAAAUCAAUAGGCCCAUUGCUUCAGCAUCACAUGGCCAAAGCUGAUAUGAUUGCCAGUCUGGACUCCAAGAAAGACCAUGCUGGUCUCCUGGGUCUUUCUGUCUCUUCCUUAUGAAAUGCUCUCCUUUUUCUUAAUGGAUAGAUUCUAUAUAUUUCCUAUAUUAUUUAUACCCAGAGAAAUAUUUUGAUAACUACUUAAGAUAGUAUCGCAUCUAAAAAUGAACAUCUCAAUGGAGAAAAAUACUAAUCAUUCUCUGGCAACUUAAUGUGAUUUUUUUUUUACAAUAUGAAAGCUGUGUGUGUUUGCCUUCUCUGAAUAAACCAAAAGGGUUGCCUCAGUAAUUUUUACAUACACUUUGGGUAACUGGAUAAUGGAUAUUUUAAUGCACUUUGUACACUUACAGGUUCUAAAUAAAAGGGUCUAAAGCUCAGUUUCUGAGUUUUUAAAAUCAGUCUCCAGGUACCAAUAAAUGCUACAGUUUGCCUUAUGAUGCUAACAUAAAGCAUUUUACUAGAAGGACACUAUUUCCAUGAAUAUUAUGUUUUUUAAUAUCAAGAUGUUACUACUCAAGUUUUCAGUGCAAGCUGUGUAGGGUAUGUUUGGCUAUUUUUAUAAGGACAAGACAGAUUAUGUUAUAAUUUUGUUGUGGAAGACUCACUCUUGGCUAACUUAAAAUGUGGAUGUAGCAGUUACUAUUUCCAGGUUGUCUUAUUUAGAGGAAGAUGUGUAUGUGGUGAAAGGCCGCAGUGUUUACUUUAAUAACUGUAAUGAUGUAGAAAAUAUUCCCAUGUGGAUUUUUUUAAAGUCUAAAAAAUAUAUGUUGUAAACAUGUGCUGCAGUAUAAUUAUGCAUUCUCUUUAAAUGGAUUAGGGUCACAAUGUUUUAUUUUUCAAGGUCUUCACAGGAAGCAUUUUGCUAAAGGGACAAAAGAGAUGGCAGUGCCAAAUAAAUUAGCAGAACAAAAUUGAUGGAAUGUCAACCAAGAUUGCAAGGGCCAGCAUCAUGGCUGUGUGAGUAGCUCACUGGCUAGAGCCCUGGGCUCUGAAGGGCCCUGAGCUUGAUUUGAUGCUCUCCUCUCACUGUCAUGAAAUUCUUAACAACUUUCCAACAAGAGUCCUGCAUUUUCACUCAUAGUGGGCCCUGAGAGUUUUGCAGCCAGUCCUCCUAACGGAACUCAGAAACAUGGUACCUCUUUUCCUAGUGGAUAGAAAUACAUAAACCUGGAUCCGAAGUUGAAAGUUGCUGGCCAUAUCAUUCAAGUAGGAAUUUAAAGGUGGAUUAAGAUGAGGGUGGGCCUAGCUGAACACUGUCUUUCCAGCUUUAAGUGAAAAUGACUUCAAUUACUGACUGCAAACACUGAUGAAGUUUUCCGCUGGAGAGGAAGAAGCGGCUUGAGUAUGGACGGGCUUAUUAUGGUACUGACAUGCUGACCUUAAGCUUCUUUAGGAACUGGACUAGUGCCCUUCAUUCAGCAUGGAAUUCCACCCCAGCUCCAGGCACAUGGGCAAUGCCUGCAGAGACUCAUUCUGUAUGCUCACGUUCAUGUGUAUUUGGUGUUGGAAACUGACAGUUUGUCUUCCUUGAUAAAACAUUAAAAAGCAUACAAAGACAAUGGUGAUAGCAAGAGGAAUUUCUUGAAAACAGUGCUUCUCAUCCAGGGCUUGAGUUUGCCCCCAAGGAGAUAUUUGGCAAUGUCUGGAAUCAAUUUUGGUUGUCAAAAUCUGGGGAUAUAGUGAUACUGGUAUCUAGUGGGCAGAAGUCUGGGAUGGUGUUACACACCCCAUAGCUCAUAGUGCAGUCCCCCACUACAGAGAGUUAUCUGGCCCUAAUUGUAGGGUAUAUAUUCAAACACUCUUGGUUGUUGGAUUUUUGUAAAUGUAAAAUUCUCAUAAAUGCCUUUUACUCUUUUAGUGAAUGAUUCUGUGCCCAAUAAAGCAAAAGGCAAGAAAUAAAAAGCAGGACUCAUGAAAAUCUUCACUGUAGUGGCUCCUUCAUUUGCAAGAAUAUUUAUAAAACACUUAUGAAAAUCUAAAAUCUGUGGAGUAAGCCAGACCUGUGCACAGGAGAGUCACUGAGAGGUAUCAUGAGCUGGAUGAGCUUAGUUUGGAAGUGAGAAGCUGGCUUUCUUUAUGCCUCCUUGCGCCUAGAUAAAUUCAACCCCUGAUACUGGAGUCACACUGUGAGACCCUCAGUCCAAACUAUUGUCUUGAUUGCUGUUGCUUCCUGUUUCAAAAUAAAAUCCUUUUUGUGAC